CUCCCUCAAAUGCUCAGGGCAGGACUGCUGCACCACAGGCUGGGCUUGGGGGAGGGGUAGGGGUGCGGCACUGGUCAAGGUGGGUGGGGGCUCAUGGCUCCAUCUACCUGUGGCCCCAGUCAGGGCUGGACCACACCGUCCUGGUCCCGGGAGUACUGACUGGGCUUUUGCUGGGUGACACCUGGGGAUGGCGGGCUGUGGAGGUGUGCGGCCCUUCCCCCACAGUCACCUCGUGGUGCCGGGACCCAGAGGGUGCAGAAGGGGCCGCAGUGGGCUUCCAGCCAGCUGGCCAACAGUGACAGGGACCUCAUAGGCGUCCGAGGUGGAAUUGGGCCUGUGGGAGCCGAGCUGCACUCGCCUUCCGGACAACCGAAACCAGAUGUGUGACCUAGUUAGAGGAGGGAGGAAGGUCAUUGCAACAUGUCCUCUGGGGUGUGGCUGUAGUGUCUGCUCCCUGCACCCUUGCGGCUGCCCUGUCACUAGCAAGGUGGCUCCAGGAGGCAAUGGCCGCCCCGAGGGACUGCCCAGAAUGCUCAAAGCACAAGGGCAGCCUGCUGUGGGCACACUAUGGGCAAAGGAGGGGUUCUGGGGUUGGCAACAAUAUCAGGGCGGCUCUGGGCAGCGUGGAGGCCGUGAGAUGAAGGGUCAGGCCGAUGGCAACGAACAGGGGGCCUUCCUGGUGAGGGUCAGCGAGAAGCAGGGCGCGGACUACGUGCUCUCUGUGCGGGACAGGCAAGCCGUACGCCAUUACAAGAUCUGGCAGAGGGCCGGCCGGCUGCACCUGCAUGAGGCCGUGUCCUUCUCCAGCCUGCCCGAGCUCGUGGACCACCACAGGACCCAGAGCCUCUCCCAUGGCCUGCGGCUGACCUCGCCCUGCAGGAAGCACCAGCCAGAGCCCCUGCCCCACUGCACCGACUGGGAAAGGCCCCGGGAGGAGUUCACGCUGUGCAGGAAGCUGGGGUCCGGCUACUUUGGGGAGGUCUUCGAGGGGCUCUGGAGAGACCAGGUCCGAGUGGCCAUUAAGGUGCUUGCCCGAGACGACCUUCUGCACCAGCACACGUUCCAGGCGGAGGUGCAGGCCAUGAAAAAGCUUCGGCAUAAGCACAUCCUGGCGCUGUAUGCCGUGGCGUCCGUGGGGGACCCUGUGUACAUCAUCACGGAGUUCAUGGUCAAGGGGAGUCUGCUGGAGCUGCUGCGUGACUCUGACGAGAAAGCCCUGCCUGUCUCAGAGCUGGUGGACAUCGCGUCGCAGGUGGCCGAGGGCAUGUGUUACCUGGAGUCACAGAACUACAUCCACCGGGACCUGGCUGCCAGAAACAUCCUUGUAGGGGAGAACAACAUCUGCAAAGUGGGGGACUUCGGGCUAGCUAGGCUCAUCAAGGAGGACGUCUACCUUUCCCACACCCGCAGCAUCCCCUACAAGUGGACGGCCCCAGAGGCACUGUCCCGAGGGCACUACUCCAUCAAAUCUGAUGUCUGGUCCUUUGGGGUUCUCCUCCACGAGAUUUUCAGCAGGGGUCAGAUGCCCUAUGCAGGCAUGUCCAACCACGAGGCCUUCCUGCGGGUGGACUCGGGCUACCGCAUGCCCUGCCCUCCGGAGUGCCCGCCCACUGCAUACAAGCUCAUGCUGACAUGCUGGCACAGGGAGCCUGAGCAGAGGCCCUGCUUCAAGGCCCUGCGGGAGAAGCUCUCCACCUUCACCAGGUACGAGAACCCACUCUGAGCCCGGCCCUCCCUGCCGCUGCCCUGCAGCUGGCAAAAAGGAGUGGCAGCUUCAGGUGGGACACGAGCUCCUCCACCCAAGGCCACUGCCCUGGGGCAGGAGACGAAGCCCUCUGCAGCCUAGAGACUGAGGCUGCCCUUCCAAGAUACCAGCUCCUGGAAAGUGCGAGUCUUCCCAGCUGACUCCAACUCUGGAAACUUCCAGGAACAAGGCUGCCCCUUUCCAAAAGGAGUGAACUGGACUCUGGCACUAACUCCCACCAGCUCGUCCAGGACCCAGGCUGGGCCUCCUGGGCGGUGCAUAGUGGGGACAGGUCUUUGGCUGCCCUCUCCCUGCCAUCUGGACUUGGGGCUGGGCACGGAAUGCCCAGGAUGCUGCAGACGGGGGCGGAUUGGUGGCGGGGCACUGCUGUCUGCUACCUUGGGGCCAGGACACCUGUCUGUCUUCCUGCCUCAGUAAUCAGCCACUGCCAUCUGUGGCUCUGGGGGCCUUGUCUGGAGACUGUGGCCAAAGACUGGAUGGGGCUCAGGCUAUCCCUUAGGGGCAACCCGCUCACAAACCAUUCGCAGUGGGAUCAAGGACCCACCACCACCCAGACUCAGCACUGACCACCAGCUUUGGGACUGCAGGGGAGCCUGGGUGAGGUUGCCCCUAUCCUGUCUGGACACACUGAGGGUAAGGACAGAGGCUGUCACUCUUGGGGGGCCACAAGCCUACACUUGCCUUGGAAUGGAUUCAUGUAGCUUUCUAUAGCAGAGGGGUUGGGGGAAGGAGGGCGGUCCCUCUGGCCCACGGAGCCCCACCCAGUAGCCAGUGAAAGCCACUCCCCUUGGAGCCCCCUGCCACAUUAAGCUGCCCUCUCCUGGAGCCCUAAGCUGGCCAACAGACCUGGGUCAGUGUCUCUGCUGGCUCACUGCAGGCGUGUGGACAUGAGAUGGCAGGCAGGAGAUGCAACCGCCCUUCGUAGCUCCUGGAGGUGGACUGUGCCCAAAGCCGGCUGCCCAUGGUGGGAAGGCCGCUCUGGAAAACCGCCCGCACUCCCUACCCCUCAACCUUGGUUCUGGGUGCCUGGGGCCAUGGACCUGAUCCCCCAGGGUUAGGGUACCCAGCCCAGAGUGUACCCUACAAGGGACUAGAGGAGGUGGCACCCUAUGGGAUGCCCCUGGGAGACGACAUGGCCAGUGCUCGCCCUGUACUAGUUGGAAGGACAGCCUCAGUCCUGUCCCACUUCCCUCCCUGGUGCUGGAUGGUCGUCAUCAAAGUCCUUCAAGGGGUCCUGGGUCGCCCAGCUGAUGGCUCCCAAACCCAUAGCCAGGGGCCCAGCCUCCCAGUGUCCUAGAGAACUCUGACCUUAGUGGCCUAUCCAGUUCCUGGGCUGCCAGCUCUCCCAU